AAGUUAUCAUAAAAUAUAAUUCAUGUGUUAGCUUUGUUUCCAAGUAUUAUUUUAGAAGAAAUAAAAUGUUUUCCAUAACAUUUUUCUUAUGCAUUGCAUUAAUUCCAAUAUUCACCGAGGCGGAUAUAAAUUACGGUCUAAAUGGAAAUCGUUUGAAUACGAUAUCACGCAAUAUAGCAGAUUUAGAGGCAAAAAAACAGUACCUGAUGAAUCAACUUCCACCACCACCACCAGGAAUAAUGCAACCAAUAAUACGUCCUAGAUUUCAACGCGAAGUAAUGAUUCAACGUAUACAACCACCAAUGUUAAAUAACGACUACAAAGAACCAAUACUUUUAUUGGUGAUGUCUGCUUAUUCAAGGCUUCUUGCAUUGACUCAACUGGCUAUGCAGAGCUUAGUAAAACCACCAAUCACAGAUCCACAAACGGCUCAAUCUCCUAUCAAUGAAAAAACUACUAUAGAUGCAACGCAGACGGUGAAUAAUGGAUCGAUCGAACUACAGAAAAAACCAUUACAAAAAGACGAAGAACAAGAAAAUCCAAGUUCUAAAGAAAUCCAAGGAACGAAUUUAAACUCAAUGAAUGAAAACUAAAAAUUAUUAAAUUAGCAAGCUCGAUCAGUUUAUAGGAACAAUUAAAAACUAAGUAAAGCCUAAAGAAUCAUACAAAACUAUGAUUAACGAGUAAAUUAUCUAAGUAAUUGUAACUGGAAACCUGGAAACCAAAAAAUUACUUCGAAUAUUUGCGUAACACAUAAACAUUUUGGAAAAUUUCACGUAUCCCUUGAUUUAAUAAUCUUUUUUUUUUAUUUCAAUAAAAUCAUUGAUAAUUUUCAACAAAUAAAAUUAAAUUAUUUU